AGCUCUUUUAAAAACUCAAGAAACCGGAAUCGGCAAAGGCCUCAGAAGGAACCUGAACUCCACCUCCCAGCAUGCAUUUAAUCAGCAUGUGACUUCUCCUGCACAAAGAUCUGAAGUCUGUCUUCUGAAGAAAUCUGGAGGACUGUGUGGACUCCCUGUUCUAAACCGCAGGUUCCACCAUGGGCCGACUGGAAGGGAAAGUCAUUGUCCUGACGGCUGCGGCUCAAGGGAUCGGCCGGGCUUCUGCGUUAGCUUUUGCAAAAGAAGGAGCCAAAGUUAUAGCCACAGACAUCAAUGAGUCCAAACUCCAGGAACUGGAAAAUUACCCAGGCAUUCAAACUCGAGUCCUUGAUGUCACAAAGAAAAAGCAGAUUGAUCAGUUUGCCUCGGAAGUUGAGAGAAUUGAUGUCCUCUUUAAUGUUGCUGGUUUUGUCCACCAUGGGACCAUCCUGGAUUGUGAGGAAAAAGACUGGGACUUUUCAAUGAAUCUCAACGUCCGCAGCAUGUACCUGAUGAUCAAGGCAUUCCUUCCCAAAAUGCUUGCUCAGAAAUGUGGCAACAUUAUCAACAUGUCUUCUGUGGCCUCGAGCAUCAAAGGAGUGGAAAACAGAUGUGUGUACAGUGCCACCAAAGCGGCUGUGAUAGGCCUCACAAAGUCUGUGGCUGCAGACUUCAUCCAGCAGGGCAUCAGAUGCAACUGUGUGUGCCCAGGAACGGUUGACACCCCAUCUCUGCAAGAAAGAAUACAAGCCAGAGACAAUCCCAAAGAGGCACUUCAAGGUUUCCUAAACAGACAGAAGACGGGGAGGUUUGCCUCUGCGGAAGAAGUGGCCCUACUCUGCGUGUACUUGGCCUCGGAUGAAUUGUGGACACGCUGACUAAAUAUAAAAACCUCCUGGGCCAGCAAGAUGACUCAUGGGUAAAGACCUUGCUGCCAAGCCUGAUGACCUAAAUUUGAUUCCUGCCACCCACACGGUGAAUGGAGAGAACA